CCAUGUCGACGCUGGACCUCACCGCGACCACCGGCGUGGUCACGGUGCUUGUGAUCCUCGUCGCCGUGGCUGCGCUGGGCGCCCUCGUCUGCGGCUGCUGGUGCUACCUGCGCCUGCAAAGGUCUCCGUGCCCCCCCGAGGAUCAGGAGAGCAUGGUGACCGAGUCCGACUACGGCCCCACGGACGCCACCAAGGGCGUGGGCGUUCAUGAGCCGUUCAUCCAGGCGCACCAGGUCCCGAGAGAAAAGGAGCUCUGCGCUGAGCGGCAGGGAAUCAUCGUGUCGAAGGACACGGGCGGGGGAGGCUGAACGGUCGAGGCGUGAGGGCGAGAGGCGUAGGAUGGCCACGCGCUGUGAGAUGUGGUGUUCGUUUUGUCGGGGGUCUGGAACACAUCCCCUGAGUCUGAGCCACUUCCGCGUUAUUGACGACCGUGUCCUGGAUUUCUUUUUCAUUUGUGCACCGCCUCCAACGCAGCAUCAAUACGCAUGUUAAUAUAUAUUCGAUUGUAACUUGUUGAAAAAAAAAACGGUAACCAAUUGCCACUUCCAAAAAGUCAGGAAAACGGUAACCGUUCCGAGUAAAAUUUCAGAGGGGUAAAAAAAACCCCGAUUGUAAAUCAAAAUGCUGGAUGUGGCUUUGGUAGGCCUUGAUCCAGCAGUGGAUUGAGUCUGGGCUGGUGGCAAUGCUGCUGGUGAUGGUUUGGGUAGGCCUUGAUCCAGCAGUGGAUUGAGUCUGGGCUGAUGGCAAUGCUGCUGGAGGUAGCUUGGGUAGGCCUUGAUCCAGCAGUGGAUUGAGUCUGGGCUGAUUGCAAUGCUGCUCGGAGGUAGCUUGGGUAGGCCUUGAUCCAGCAGUGGAUUGAGUCUGGGCUGACGACAAUGCUACUGGAGGUAGCUUGGGUAGGCCUCCAUCCAGCAGUGGAUUGAGUCUGGGCUGAUGGCAAUGCUGCUGGAGGUAGCUGGGUAGGCUUUCAUCCAGCAGUGGAUUGAGUCUGGGCUGAAUUCACGGUGCUUCUUGCUUCAGUGACACCACCGCCCCCAGCCCCAGUCAGCCCGGCGAGUCGAGGCACCUUCCUCGCAUCGUCACGUCUCACCUAAAACGUUGCAACGCCCCAGCUGUGGGCGGGGAGGGAGGAGCUCAGAAAGGACCAGGAGGGCUUCGUUUCUGGCAUUCUGCCACGAGACAUCCAAACACGUUUGACGGUGGGAGCCACGGACAACGCAAAAGCGAUCUCGAUCGACAGCGAUGAUGCAGCAAUGAUGCAAAGCACAUGGAGAACGAGCGCGCGUGUGUGUGUUCGCUAACAGCACUUGCCCCAAAAGUAUGUGAAGGCUAUACGGAGGACCUUUGUCUUUGUGUGCGCUCGCUAACCGCACUUGCCCCAAACAGUCUGUGAAGGCUAUACGGGGGAUCUUUGUCCGUGUGUGUGUGUUCGCUAACCGCACUUGCCCCAAAAUGUCUGUGAAGGCUAUACGGGGGAUCUUUGUCCGUGUGCGCGCUCGUUAAACCGCACUUGCCCCAAAAAGUCUGUGAAGGCUAUACGGGGGAUCUUUGUCCGUGUGUGUGUGUUCGCUAACCGCACUUGCCCCAAAAUGUCUGUGAAGGCUAUACGGGGGAUCUUUGUGUGUGCGCUCGCUAAUCGCACUUGCCCCAAACAGUCUGUAAAUGCUAUAUGGGGGAUCUUUGUCUGUGUGUGUGCGUUUGCAGCAGUGGUGUAGUGGUCAGCGCACUGCUCCAUGAACCCCACAACCCAAGUUGCAUUCCAACUCGCGGCCCAAUAACAGUGGCGAAUAUUUGAUAUUUGCACGGGGCAUCAAGGUCGGCCUCGAACACACGACCUCCUGCAUACCAGGCGAGGUAGUUAACAUAUCCUAGCCCAUCGUGAUGUUGAUGAGAGAGAGACACGCAAACUUCAAAUAUACAGGUGUCAGGGUCGGGAUCGAACACACGACCUCCUGCAUACCAGGCGAGGUAGUUAACAUCUCCUAGCCACCGUGAUGAUGAUGAGAGAGACACGCAAACUUCAAAUAUACAGCAGCAGGCGUCAGGGUCGUGAUUGACCCCCACGACCUCCUGCAUACCAGGCGAGGUAGUUAACAUCUCUUAGCCACCAAGAUGUUAACUCCUCCAGCCGUUCCCGUCGUUGGAGUCUACAAUGAAGACGUGUCGUUUCAUCCCAGACCGCGGUUCUAAGGCGCGAAGCUUUCGACGUCACCUUAGCAAGACCCACGCCCGCCCUGUCCUAGGAGUGAAUUCCGGCCCCGUGUCGAGGAGGUAUCGGGGAUGAGGACGAAUAUGACGCACGGGUGAAUCGUGGCAAUGGCGAGAAGGACCUCUGAUGCCGAAUCGCACCCGCCUUUUGGCGUCAUCUGGUCCAACACCAAUGGAGACUAGGCUCUAAGCAAAGCUGUCUCGGGUGUGGACCAAUCAACUUCAAGGACAGUGCAUAUCAUUAUCAUUAUAAGAUUUGUUUCUUUUUGUUUGCAUUUUGACUGCUUGUGUUGUGGUUAUUGCAAACAUGAUCCCUUGUAUAAAGGUGUCAGUUUUUGUACCAGUUGAAAGGGCAAAAACCUAUUACUAUAUUUUGCCACUGGUAAAGGAGGUCUCAUAGUGUAAAUGCUUACCCCGAGCUCUCAAUACUCUGAUAGUGCGCUGUUUUUGAGUUGUACGCCUGUUGGCAUCAUCUGGUCCAACACCCAUGGAGACUAGGCUCUAAGCAAAGCUGUCUAGGGUGUGGACCAAUCAACUUCAAGGACAGUGCAUAUCAUUAUCAUCAUAAGAGUUGUUACUUUUUGUUUGCAUUUUGACUGCUUGUGUUGUGGUUAUUGCAAACAUGAUCCCUUGUAUAAAGGUGUCAGUUUUUGUACCAGUUGAAAGGGUAAAAACCUAUUACAAGAUGUACAUAAAUUAUACUGGCAGGAACCUCCUGGUUACACCAGCUCACAGGGGAUUAUUCUGUCCGUACGUCCAUCGUGCAUCCAAAAA